AUGGUUAAUGAUACUGAGGUUGGGACAGAAGUUUUACCAAAAGAAGUUGUUGUUUCUGAAAAAAAAAAAAAUGGUGGAAUAAAUAAAAUUUUACUAUGUUUGCUAAUAAUUUUUAUUAUUCUUUUUGCUAUAAUGUCUGCAGCAGUUGGAAUGUUUUAUUUCAAGUCGACUCCAGACAUCUGUUUGUCAUCUGGUUGUAUUCGAACAGCAUCUGUUAUUUUAUCAUCAAUGAAUGCUUCUGCAAAUCCAUGUGAUGAUUUUUAUGCAUAUGCCUGCGGAAAUUGGAUGAAAAAUAAUCCUAUACCAGAUGAUGCUCCAUCAGUUUCUAAUUUUGAAAAUCUUGGACAUGAUCUAGAAUUAGCAUUAAAAGAAUUAUUGGAAGAAAAAGUGAUUGAAGGAUUAGAUGGUGAAGCAGUUAAAAAAGCUAAAGGAUUUUAUAAUUUAUGUUUAAAUUCAAGUCAAAUUAUGAGCACAUGGAGAAGUGUUUUUAAUGAAGUAAUUGAAAGUUUUGGUGGAUGGCCAGCAUUAGAUCCUGAUGUUGAUGUUAGUGAUAUUAAAAUUGAACAUUUAUAUGGUAAAAUGGUGUCGCAAUUUAAAGCAGAUAGCUUAUUUAAGGCAUCUGUUCAACCAGAUGAUAAAAAUUCAGAAAAACAUAUUAUUCUCCUUGAUCAACCAGCUUUAAAUUUAUUUGCCAGAGAUUUUUAUAUAAUGGAUGAAGCUGAAGAUGAAAGACAGGCAUAUGUUACAUUAAUAACUGAUGUUUUAUUAUUAUUAGAUGCUAGUAGUGAAUCUGUUAAUCAAAGUGCUAAAGAAAUACUUGCAUUUGAAACUCAAUUAGCAAAUGUGAGCGAUUCAUCAUACAACGAAAAUGUUACUGCUACAGAAGAACAACGACAUGAUAUUGCUGAUAUGUAUAAUAAAAUAACUCUUGGAGAAAUGAAAAAAAAAUUACCUAAUUUUGAUUGGAUAUUAUUUUUUGAUACUUUAUUUGAAAAAAUUCCUGAUACUAAUGGUAAAAAGAUUAUUUUUGAUGAUAGUACACAAAUUGUUAUAUAUGGUAUUGAUUUUGUUUAUAAACUUAAUGAACUUUUACCAAAAUAUGACAAAAGAACUAUUGUUAAUUAUUUAAAUUGGUGUUGGUUUUAUAAAGCAAUGGUAAGAGAUCUUCCAGAUCCAUUUGCUUUUACUAUAUUUAAAUUUUAUCAAACUCUUAAUCUUAUGCAAGUUCCCAAACUUCGUUGGCAUGGAUGUAUAUCAAGAAUAAAUAUGCUUUUACCAAUGGCAACAUCAAGUGUUUAUAUUAGAAAUCAUUUUGAUCAUGAAGCUAAAAAACAAGUUGAAGAAAUGAUAACAUUAAUUAUGGAAUCAUUUGUUGAACUUCUUGAAAGUGAAGAUUGGCUUUCAGAAGAGACAAAAGAUUUUGCUAAAAUUAAAGUUAGAAGUAUGAGUCAAAAAAUUGGAUAUCCUGAUUAUCUAAAUGAUACAAAAGCAGUUGAUAAAGAAUAUCAACAUUAUAAAGUAUUUCCAGGAGAUUAUUAUCGUACUAAAUUUCAGUUUUAUGAAAUGUAUCAACAUGAUGCUUUAGAAAGAAUAAAAUUACCCGUUGAUAGAGAAAGAUGGGUUGCUGGUGCUGCAUUAGUUAAUGCUUUUUAUUCACCUAAUACUAAUGAAAUUAUUUUUCCAGCUGGUAUAUUACAACCUGUCUUUUAUGACAAACAUUUUCCAAGUUCUAUGAAUUUUGGUGGUAUUGGUGUUGUUAUUGGACAUGAAAUUACACAUGGUUUUGAUGAUAGAGGUCGUCUCUAUGAUAGUGUUGGUAAUAUUAGACAAUGGUGGGAUAAUACUACAAUUAAACGUUUUGAGGAGAAAGCGCAAUGUAUUGAAGAACAAUAUUCUAAUUAUUUUUUAGAUCAAAUAUCAAUGAGAAUUAAUGGUAGAAGUACUAAAGGUGAAAAUAUUGCUGAUAAUGGUGGAUUAAAACAAGCUUAUAGAGCAUAUAAAAGAUAUGAAAGUAGGCAUUCACCACCACAAAAAUUACCAGGUGUAAAUCUUACUCAUGAUCAAUUAUUUUUCCUUAAUUAUGCUCAGAUAUGGUGUGGAGCAAUGAAUGAUAAAGAAGCAAUUAGGAAAUUACGUACAUCAGAGCAUUCUCCAGGUCCAAUAAGAGUUAAAGGUCCUCUUUCAAAUUCGUAUGACUUUGCUAAAGCGUUUAAUUGCCCACCAGGAAGUCACAUGAAUCCAGUCGAAAAGUGCCGUGUUUGGUAA